UUUGCAGUGGCAACUCCCAACACAAAAUCACUCGCUAAAGAUAACGAAAAGUUCCAAGCUUUUGAACUCCAGGCCAUCCAUGGAGUCCUGCACGAUCCUCCCGUUCUCUCGGAGUCUCUCCCUGUUUUCUCCGAGAUCCAACGGAGACGAAGCCCGCCCGGGUUCAUCGCUCUUCAAGCGUUGCAGCUCUCGCCCCACUCGCAUCGGUUGCCAGAAGAUGUACGUCGCCGGGUUCGGAGAAGCAUCGCCGGAGAAGAAAGCCGCGAACCAUCUGCACAAGUUCUUCACUUAUAUUGCCGUCAGGAUCGUCAGCGCGCAGCUUGAGAGCUAUAACCGUGAAGCAUACAACGAGCUGGCGGAGUUUUUGAGCCGGCACUCUUUGAACGACGGGGACAAGUUCUGCGCCGAGCUGAUGAGGGAAUCCUCAAGGCACCAGGCCUUAGCUUUGCGCAUUUUAGAGGUUCGAUCGGCAUAUUGCAAGCAAGAUUUCGAGUGGGAUAACCUGAAACGAGUAGCUUCCAAGAUGAUGGAUGAAGCUAACACAAGGCUCAUGAGAGAGUACGUGUUGGAUCAUGUGGAAACUGAGAGUGGGAAGUGAUCAGUUUUCUGGUCCAUUUCACUUGUGUUUUUCAGCCAUACACAAAGGGUCCUGUUCGUCGCCAUCGUACUAUAUGUAUAGCGAUUUUCGACUACGCAUAGAAGGAGAUCAAUAGAUGAAGAUUCAUACUUUCCUUUCUCCUACGAUAAAGUCCGAUCAAGCUACUUCUGCUUCCAAGAGGUAAACCAGUGAAGUUAUUUGGAGACGAUUUGAAGUAUCAAUUGAAUCAGCGGCAUAAAAGUUCUUGAAGUUUGGAGGAUUGGCAACAAUUCGAGGUCUUUGAUGGAGAAAUCGGUUCGGUCCUAGUUAGAUUUGAAAAGCUUGGAGGUUACUAUUUCAUCAUACCCUAUGCCUCUGUCACCUUAAAAUGGUACUUGUUAAGUACCUCAAACUUGUCUGAAUGUAACAACACUUCUAAAGACUAACAAAGCUAUAUCAACAGCACAAGCUCGGAAAUACAAUGUACUAUGGAGGGCAGAAACAUCAAGUUCCUGUCUCAACAUAAAAAGAGAUGCUUCUACUCUGAAGAACCAUC